UUCCUCUCUUCCCUUUUGCAGGUAGCAAUGGAAAUGGAAACAAUUCCUGGUGUUCAUGGUGAAUUCCUGCCUUCCUUUUUGCAGGUAGCAGUGGAAAUGGAAACAAUUCUGUUUGGCUCCACAAAUGAGUAACUUCAGUGGGAAUUGCUCAUGAAAAAGAGAAAGGAUCACCUGGAUUCUUCUGGAGCUGGGAGUCAGGGCCAGAAAUCUCCAGGAAAGACCUGCCCAAGGAGCAAGAAGAGGAUCUCAGCUCUCCAGAGCUCCAUCCCGCCUGGAGCUCCAGGCAAGCACCAUUUCCCUGCUUGGAGCUUCACUGCCAAGUGCUGGUGGCAGACUGAGGGAGAAGGAAGGACCCCAGCCUUUCAAAGCCACUCCGUGGAACACAGGGGUCUGCCAGUGCUGGUGAAGUCUUUUUUGAGGAGCACACAGAAAAUCUGCUGUCCCAAAUCCACCUCCUUCCCACUGGCCAGCAGCCUGGGGAGGAGCUGUGUACAGAUCUCCUUCUGGCAGCUGGGUGAGAAGGGAAUGCCAUGGCCGAGGAGGGAUUGCCAGGGAGGGAUUACCAAGGUUCAAGCUGAAUCCCAAGGGAACAGGAGUCCUGCGUGUCACCUCUGCUCCAGGGCCGUGUUUGGGGGGAGCCAAGGACCGAGCAGAUCCUUUUUCAUUUCCACUCCUUUUCAGGGAGCAGGGAGCAGAGCCCAGGUUUCCCCUUUGCCAGAUGGGUUCUCCCAAGCCGAGACAAGCACUCAGUCCCUCUUUAACGUUGCGAAAGGAACAAUAAAAUGAAAGGCAAAACCGGCAUCUUAAAACUUGGCAAGUGAAAGCAGCUUGGACUGGCAGCCAAGAAUCCUGCUGUGGUGCAAAAAGAAUAGAAUCCACGGAGCCACCACAACCCGGGGCUUCUCCUCUUUUCACAAUCCCGCCGGCACCGAGAAAUAAUUAUUCCUUGUAUCAGUGUUAAAAGAGUCAACAAGCUUCCAAAAGCUUGCUUGGUGAACCUCCUCCAAAGCAGAAUGCAUUCCCGAGGAGUUGGGCCUAGCAAUAUGGCAGCACACGUCCCAUAGGAAAUCCUGCAGAAUGCUGCUGCUGCUGAGCUCUGUUCCCCAGGAGGGCACGGUCCCUGCCCCGCUCCAGCCUCCACCACUGCAGGCUCUGAGUUUUCUCCACCCCAGAAUUCCAACCCUGGAUUUUCAAAGAUGCUGCAGCAGGGAUUUGGGCCGCUGAAAACUUUGGGGAAAGCUGGAUGCUUUUAAGGUGAGUGUCAGCAGAGGAAUGUAAAGUUGGAGGAUGAAUUUAGAUAACCUUUGGGCAGAUGGUGGAAGUUUAACAUCUAUAACAGGAGUUUCUUGCCACCCAGCGAUUCCAAAUAAAGGAAAAACUCUAUUUUAUAAUUGCAUAUUUACCAGGCUGCAAAGGUUGAAGUGAUUUAUUUUAAGAACCUGCACCAAAAAAAUAAAAAAAGAAGAGGGAGAAUUUUCUAACAGCAUCCAAAUAGCAAAAUUCUUUUCCAAGUGGCGCCUGUUUGAUUUUACAGAGGAUAAUAUUAACUUGCAUUAAUGUGGUUUGUCUCCUGAAGGAAAAGAAGUGAAAAAUUGGUGGCACUUUGAGCAAGUGAUUUUCCCCACCAGCUCCAUGUGGAGCUCACAGCCAGGCUGGUUUUCCCCACCAAUAAAAUGGGAAAUGUUCCUUCCACAGGAGAGAAAACUUGGAAACCUCAGGGGAAGGAGGGGGCACCUCCUGCUUGUGGGGGCAAAACUUUGCUUUUCAAGCUUUGUUAGAGAAAUCCUAAAGAACUUUUAUGUUUGUCUGUGUGGAAGAAAUGCAGAGUUGAGGUUAGGGGGAACUGCCAGCUUGUUCAACAGAGUGCCAGGGGUUUUGUUUUUUGCCUUUAAAAAUAGAAUUAAAGUCGAACCCCAGCCCAGUAAUGACUUCUCUGAAAGUUAAAACAGCUUUCAGGCAGUUCUUUCUUCUGCCAGCUUCAGCCAGGCUGCCAGAAUGGAAACAGCUUUUUGCAGGGUGGGGGGAUGGCUGUGUGUUGGAAUUCUGUUUGUAUCCCGAAAUUUUGCUGUUGGAUCAUUUCCCAGCCUGUUUUAGUGACACACCUCCAACGCUGCUCCUCAGUUCAAUUCCUGUUACCUCAGUCCUGUGCAGCCACCAGAAAUCCUGCCCAGCAAAGUCCUGGUGAGGAGGAACCACAGCUCAGCUCUAGUUUGGUUGCUUUAAAUUUUUCAUUUUAUUUUGUAUUGUUGAUUUUCUUAAGGCUGCCGUGGGAGUGCAGGGAUCUGUGGCUUUAUGUCAGAACAAAAAUCCAUAAUCCACUCUGCCCCCACCCUCCAAGGAGGGGCUUUGGGAGAGCGAAGGCUCCCGGCUACAACUCAGAAAUUCCACUUGCAGGAAGGUUUUUCCUCUUUCCACCCCCCCCAAAAGUGACCCCAAACCCUGUCAGGGCCAGCAGGAAUCCCUGCCUGCUGCCACAAACCCGUAGAUCCGAACUUGUGCUCAUAUUCCACACAAGCUUGUAUCUAUAGGUCUGGGGCUGGCUGGCAAGAGCAGCCUGGGGUGCUGCUGCACUUCACCUCCAAACAUUCCUCAUCUUCCCUCCUGUUUUCCCCUUCCUCCCUCUUUUAUUUUGAUCUAUUUUUAAUUUUAUUUUUAUUUAGAGGAAUAUAAAAGUGGAGCUGCAAACCUCUGCCUCAGCUUUCAGUGCCCAAGGGGAGUUUGCUUGGUUGGUGCUGAGGAAAAGGGGAUGGGGGAGACUUGAUUUGACAUCAGGGUGAAGAAAUUAAAUCCCCACAGCCAUGGCCUGCCCUGCUCUGCUGAUGGGGAGUAUCCUCGUGCUGAUUCUGGAAGAGAUAAAAUAAUUUCAUUUAAAAAGUAACAUGGAGUUAUUCUUCCCUUGCUUAGCCCAGGAAUUUGGGAGAGGAACAAUCACUUCUCCUCCUUUCUAUCCAGGAACUUGGAAUCCCUUCUCUGGCACAGGAGGGGCUUGGCCCUCCAGCUCCUCUCUCAAAAAUCAGCUUAUAUAGCACCCAUUCCUCCUGAUUUCAUGGCAGUUGUGUCUUUUCAAAUGGAUUUUAAGAGAAAAUAUUCCUGCUGGAAAGUCCCAAAGAAGUGGUAGGACAGGAAAAGCCCACGGGAGCAGGCAGUGCAAAGGCUGCUGGGGAAAAGUGACCUUGAAAGUUGGGGGAGUGGAAGAAUUCUUUUGGAAGAAGUCAUUUUUAAAACCCCAAUGUACAGAUUCUAUAUGAAAAUAAUUAGGCUGUAAACUCAAAAUAAAGCCUGACUAUUUCUUUCCAGCAGCUUUUGGUGUUAAUUCCACCAAAGAUUUGCUCUGCAUUUCCACUUUUAAAUUUCUCUGGUUUGAACUUGGCUGCUUUGACACAUCCUGCUGUAGGCCAAAAAAGGUUUUUUUUUCCUUUCUUUGCUGAAUUUCCAGGGUUUUCUCUGUGUUUUCUAUUUAUUACAGAAGUUUUAUUAAACAUUUAUAUUAAAAUGAA